ACAACAGAAAAGACCACUGUGGAGAAGACGACCCUCCCUCCCUGCGUCUUCAUCGUCCUUCUCCUUCCUCCUUACCACUUCUUGCAGAGAGAGAGAGAGAGAGAGAGAGAGAUGGGCCGUGAGGAGUAUGUGUACAUGGCGAAACUGGCCGAGCAGGCGGAGCGUUACGAUGAGAUGGUAGAGUUCAUGGAGAAGGUGGCGGCGGGCGCCGACGGGGAGGAGCUCACGGUGGAGGAGCGAAACCUUCUCUCCGUCGCUUACAAGAACAUCAUCGGCGCCCGCCGGGCUUCCUGGCGCAUUAUCUCUUCCAUCGAGCAGAAGGAGGAGAGCCGCGGGAAUGAAGACCACGUUGCCGCUAUCAAGGGUUACCGCGCCAGGGUCGAGUCGGAGCUCUCCAACAUCUGCGGCGGAAUCCUCCGCCUCCUCGACUCCCGCCUCGUCCCCUCCGCUACCUCUCCUGACUCUAAGGUCUUUUACCUCAAGAUGAAGGGCGACUACCACCGGUACCUUGCCGAGUUCAAGACCGGCGCCGAGAGGAAGGAGGCCGCCGAGAGCACCCUCACCGCUUACAAAUCCGCGCAGGAUAUUGCUUCCGCUGAUUUGGCUCCGACGCACCCGAUCCGCCUCGGCCUCGCCCUCAACUUCUCCGUCUUCUACUACGAGAUCCUGAACUCGCCGGAUCGCGCUUGUUCCCUUGCGAAACAGGCGUUCGAUGAGGCCAUCGCCGAGUUGGACACUUUGGGGGAGGAAUCUUACAAAGACAGCACCCUCAUUAUGCAACUCUUGCGCGACAAUCUCACUCUCUGGACUUCUGAUAUGCAGGAUGAUGGAGUUGAUGAGAUCAAGGAAGCCAACAAACUCGACGAAGAAUAAUAAUCUUCUGGCUUUCUCCCUCCCCCUUCCUUUUCUCUUUCAUCCUUUUUCUUUUCCUCUAUUUUUCCUUUCUUCUGCUGGGGGGAGUCUGUGGGCGUGUCGGGCUUUUCUUCCUUUCUUUUUCCUCUUCUCC